AUGGACCAACUUCUCGCUACCAUCGCUGAGCUGGACAAGGCGGCCAUAGCACAGGAGAAGCGAAAUGCCGAGCUGCAGUCGGCACUUCAGAUAAAGUCGAAGGAGCUGGUUUUGCUCCAAGAGAGGCUGGCAGCCCUGAAGCCGGAGCCAGACAUCGACUGGGCGCCGCCCCCACGAUACUGCAGCCGGGCGGCUUCGAGUCUGCUGCGCCUGCUGGUGGUCCUCGGGGCCGUGCUGGUCCUCUGGGAGGCAGACUGGCGCGCCGACGCUGACACACCUGCUCCCGACGCCACGGAUGCUCUACGCGCGCAGGGCUUCCUGCAAAGGGAGGCCCAUGUGCAGGCGGAUUUGCAACCAGAAAGUGGCCCGCACUUGCAGGGUCCGACGAAGAUGAAGAAGGCGGAAGAGGUGCUGAUGGAUGCGAAAGUCCCGGAAGUGGAGCCGCAGACAUCACGUGAAAGAGGGAGGGCAGGUGCAGCUGUUGGCUCAACACCGGAACCGGAAGUGAGGCCGAGCAAGCCACCGACGCCCCCAGCAGAGCCGACGCCACAGAGUCGCCAGGCUGAUCCAGAGCCCAAGGCCGUUGGCCGGCCAGCACCCGCCCCGACAAAGAGCAGCGUAGAGCUCAAGGAGGCUCCCAAGGCCCCGGCGAGGAGUCUCCCUAAAGACGGGAGCACGAAAGAGCCGCCAGCAGACAAGGAGACCGCGAGCGCCGUUGAGCGAGCAGAGGUGCGGGAAAGCCCAAAGGAGAAGCUGGAAGAAGUGGCACCUCCUGAGGCUGACAAGCCGAGCAAAGCUGCAAAGCCCAAGGAGCCCAUCAAGCAAGCUGCUAGUACAGGAGGAGGUGAUUCUGCUUCGGCUGCGAAGGUACCCGCCACUUCCAGCACCCAUCGUGGUGAAGCUGGCCAGCCGGAAGUGCCAAGUCAGCCGCCGUCGAAUGAGGAAAAGCUUCGUGUGGUCGAGUCGUCUCCUCCACAGGUUGCAGCGGACCCACCUGUGAGUGGGCCCGACGCGAAAGCUUUGCGGUCACAGCCGCCACCACGGGCUCCCGCGCCACCGAAGGCACCGCCCCGGGCACCGCCUAGGGCGCCCGGCCCACGCGCCCAAGCGUCGCAGGAGGUGACAGCCGCGGCGUCAGAAGACGACGUGUUUGCGGCGCUGACCACGACCUUCGCCGCCCCGCACCUCCAGGAUCUGCAAAAGCCGGAAGCCAACAGCAGUGACGCCGACCUUCCCUCUCCAGGCAGCCAUAUGGUUUCCGCUGCUUUGCCGUGCCUCCGACUGAGUGGCUCGGAGUCCUUCGAGUGCCAAGAGCGACUCGCCGAGAAGAGGACGAGAGACUGGGCCAAGAUGGAUUACCUGGAGGAGCUGCUUCAGCACCUCUGGGAUAGAAAGAUCUGGGAAUCGGAGGCGGUGGAGUCUGCCCUUGGCGGGGCCAUGGGGGUCGUGGCAGGCCUCUGGGCCUGUUGGGCCUUCUGA